AUGGCGGACUCGUUACCGAAGACCUUCAAGGCCGGCGUCCUGACGGGGAAAAAUAUACCCAUCGAAUUCCAGGAUAGAGAGCUAAAGCUCCCGGGUCCUGGUCAGGUCCUCGUCAAAAUACUUGCCUGCGGAGUGUGUUUCUCGGACGUAUGUGCGCAACGUGGCGAGUAUGGCGACGAUGUAUACCCACGCGUCCCGGGACAUGAACUCGUUGGCGAUGUUGUUGCUAUCGGUAGCAACGUGACGAGGUUUAAGGGUGGUGAACGAGUAGGCGGGCCGUGGCAUGGAGGCCACGACUGGACAUGUCGUCAGUGCGCACGCGGUCAAUUCCAAAUGUGUGAUAACCAGGAAGUCAACGGCGUUAGCCGGGACGGUGGAUAUGCCGAGUACACACUCCUCCGAGAAGAAGCUGUCGUACGCGUGCCUUCAGAAGUAGAUCCAGCAGAAACCGCACCAUUACUAUGCGCCGGCGUCACCGUGUUUAACUCGAUGCGUAAGAUGCACGUAGAACAGGGAAAUAUGGUAGCGGUCCAGGGCGUCGGCGGCCUAGGGCACUUAGCCGUGCAGUACGCGAACAAGAUGGGAUACCACGUCGUAGCCAUCAGCUCCGGCGACUCGAAGCGCAAGUUCGCCGAACAGCUCGGGGCGCAUGGCUACAUCGAUGCAAGCAAAGAAGACCCAGUCAAGGCCCUGCAAGCAUUAGGGGGUGCAGCGAUGAUCGUGUCCACAGCACCGAAUGCAGCUGCUAUUAGUCCAUUAGUCGGCGGGCUGCAGGCUGGAGGGAAAUUACUGGUGUUGGGCCCGCCGCACGAUCCCGUCCCGUUCGAUACGCUGCUGAUGAAUAUCAAGAGCUUAUCCGUGCACGGCUGGUCAAACGGACACGCGCUGGAUUCCGAGGAGGCGAUUAAGUUCUCGGUUGAUCACGGCGUGAAAUGCUGGGUUGAGAAGUAUCCGCUUGCGGACGCGGCGAAGGCGAUGGAGUCGUGUGCGGCGAAUAAAGCCCGCUUUAGGGGUGUAUUGCUUCCAUAA